GAUAUGACUGAUAAAGAAGAAGAAGAAGAAGGGUAUUUAUUGUGAAGCUUCAUCAUAUCCUCAACGAACAUCAACCCAUCUCUUCAAUUCCCCAUUUAAUAUAUAUUCAUAAUUGGGUGUCUAAUUAAUUAAAUACAGGAUUUCUCCCUCUUUUGAAAUUAUAUCUUAUGAUGGUUCUAUAGAGUUCAGUUCAGUUCAGGAUGAUGAUGAUGAUCUGGGCUUAUCGCGGUUUUCAACCGGUAUUUAGAAAUCUGAUUUUGGUGGUGUCUGUCGUCUUUUACCUGUUCAAAGCUGAAGGAUCAGACAGUAGUUGUAACAAGACCACUCGGACAUGCGGAUCGACUUCUCUUUCAUACCCAUUUGGAUUCUCACCCAGCUGCCCGAUUACUCUCAACUGCUCCGCCGACGGGUCCACUAAAAUCGGGGAUUUUGUAGUCCAGAACGUCACCUCCGACGGGUUCAUUCUAGUCAAUCUCCCUGAUAUAUGCAACCGUUCGAUCUCCGACAUCGCCCCUCUUUUUGGUGCAAACUUCGCCGUCAAUUAUCUAAACUACUUCAUCUUACAAGACUGUAAAUCGAAUUCCAAGAACUGCAUAGAGAAAAACUUUAUGUAUCAACGAUUCAAUGUUCUUAAUUGCAGCGAACAAAACGUAAACAGCAGCUGUUAUUCGAUAGACCAAAGACUGAUGAGUAAAGAUAAUCUGAGUAAGACAGGGUGUAAGUUUCUUUCGAAUUCGGUCGCCGUCGAUUCGUCGAAUCAGUCGGUUUCUUGGCAGAGUUCGCAGGUGUCAUUUCGAUUCCAGAUGAUUAAGCUUGAGUGGUGGUUACAAGGAAAUUGCACCAAUUGCUCGGCAAACAGUAGCUGCUCGUCUGUAAACGGGGUUGGAGUUCGGUGCCAGUGUGUGGAGGGUUUUGUCGGAGAUGGGUUCGCCGGCGGCGAGGGUUGCCGGAAAGUUGCCGUUGGUUGCCAUCAAAGGUUGUUUCCGGGUCGCCAUUGUGGAGGAUCUAAAGCCGCUAUCCUUAUUGGAGGGGUUGUGCUUGGAGCUUCUAUAAUGGCUAUUAUUGCAUGUGUGUGUGUUAUUGUUAGAAGAAGGUCCAGUUCUCUAAGGACUCGAAUGAGCGCAAAGCGCCUUCUAUGCGAAGCCACGGGCAGCUCCACCGUGCCACUUUAUCACUACAGGGAAAUCGAGAGAGCAACCAAUGGUUUCUCCGAGAAACAGAGAUUAGGAACCGGCGCUUAUGGCACUGUUUACGCUGGUAAAUUAUUCAACGACGAAUGGGUGGCAAUCAAAAAGAUCAGGCACCGAGAUGCCGACGGAAUUGAGCAAGUUAUGAACGAAGUCAAGCUUCUAUCAUCAGUUAGUCACCCGAAUCUUGUUCGUCUUUUGGGCUGCUGUAUAGAGAACGGGGAACAGAUCCUAGUUUACGAGUACAUGCCAAACGGGACUCUGUCCCAACACCUCCAAAAGGAAAGAGGCCAAGGACUUCCAUGGACUGUACGUCUAACUAUCGCAACCGAGACGGCUAACGCGAUCGCUUAUCUCCACUCCUCCAUGAACCCGCCUAUAUUCCACAGGGAUAUCAAAUCAAGUAAUAUACUCUUGGAUUACAACUUCAGGUCAAAGGUGGCAGAUUUCGGUCUGUCUAGAUUAGGUAUGGAGAAUGAUUCACACAUUUCAACCGCCCCUCAAGGGACUCCAGGUUAUGUGGAUCCUCAAUAUCACCAGAAUUUCCAUCUUUCAGACAAGAGCGACGUUUACAGCUUUGGUGUGGUAUUACUCGAGAUUAUAACGUCGAAGAAGGUGGUUGAUUUCACUCGUCCACACGCGGAGGUGAACUUGGCCGCACUUGCGAUCGACAUGAUUGGAAAGGGGCGUCUAGACGAGAUAGUUGACCAAUCGCUGGAGCCGAACAGGGACGCCUGGACUCUAAAUUCUGUUCAUAAGGUGGCUGAGUUGGCAUUUAGAUGCCUUGCUUACCAUAGGGAUAUGAGGCCUUUGAUGACUGAAGUGGCGGAGGAGCUUGAACAGAUACGGGUGAGCAGCUGGGCGACAAUGGAUGACGAUAACAACAACAAUAGUAAUAAUAACAACAACAAUACGUUGAUGGCGUCGUCCUCAAUUGCUUCGACGUGUUCUUCUCCGUUUAACGGGAGCGAGAAGUCAAUGAGCAUGGUUAGCAUGUCUAUGAUGAGAAUGGGAGUGGCAGGCAGGAAAUUAGUUGUCCCGCAAAGGACUACUGUGGAUUGCUUAGCGUCUUUGAAGAAAGGAAAAGAUGGUUCACCCGUUUCGGUUCAGGAUCCAUGGACCAGCGAACAGAGUUCCCCAUCUGCAACCAGUUUAUUGGGUAAUGUAGCCAAGUAGGUAACAUUUUUGGGUUGUCAAUUGGUUCUUGUUACUUGUAUGAAGAAGAAAUGAACAAUCAAUCAAUCAAUCUUGUAAACUCUAUUAUUGUUUGCCUUGAUAAGAAUAUAUAAACAUUCUAUAAGCUUU